AUUAUAACCCAUAAAAUUAUUCAGCAUGAAACGAAUCAACAAUACCUUUGAACUCGCUAAGAAGCCAAUAGGCGAGGGAGCCUAUGCCUCCGUUUACUAUUGAACAGUUGUUAAACAAGAAGGCUUAUCAGAUGUGUUCGUGCACAGGCAGAGAGAAGGAAGGCAGGUGGCUUGUAAGUAGGAUUCAAGGAGCUGGGUAUAAAGGGAUUGCUAGUGGAGAUUUGUUAUAAGCAGAUGGGCAAGGGAGGUUAAGAUUUUGAGAGGGAUAGACCAUUUGAAUGUGAUAAGACUGCUUGAUGUUUGACAGACAGAGAGUGCGAUGAACCUGUUUGUGGAGUUCUGUAAUGGAGGGGAUUUAAGGAGGGUUCUGGAAGUGAGAGGUGGCAGGUUGAGUGAGGAUUUUGUCAGGGAAAUUGUGAAGCAGCUUGCCUCAGGGCUUUGUUACUUGAAUGAGAAGGAAAUAAUCCAUAGGGAUUUGAAAUUGGAAAAUAUUUUGGUUAAUUUUCCAGAAUAUGAUGGCUCGAAAUUAGUGUCUGAUGAAUAUAUCAAGAACUUUAACUAUGAAGAUGAAGAGGUUGAAAUAUAAUCAUUGGAGAUUUAGGCUUUGCUAGAAGUGUCAAAGGAAACGGGUUAGCUAAAACAUGCUGAGGUACUCCCUCCACAGUAGCUCCAGAGGUAAUACAUAGCUCCUCUUAUAACUCAAAAGCCGACAUAUGGUCUCUCGGAACCAUAAUUUAUGAGCUUCUUGUCAGCUUUGUUCCAUUCAAAGGAAUAAACAAACGUCAUCUUAAUAAUCGACUAAGCAAAGGAGAUUACGGAAUUCCUAAAAAUAUAAAAUUAUCUCUUCAAUGUGUUGAUCUUCUUGAUAAAUGUCUUAAAUAUGAUCCAAGCAAGAGAAUAUCUCACGAUGAUCUUCCCAAACACCCAUUUCUCCACAAAAGCAAUUGUUCAGAAAAGAUCAAUCUGACUGUGAGCCAAGACUCGGAUUCAUUGUUUGAAGAACCUUACUGUUCGAUGGGAGUCAAUUCUAACAACGCAUUAAUGCUCAAUACGAAAGACAGUGCUGUUUUCAAAUAAUAAUUAUGAACAAGUUAAGAACAAACGCUUAGAACAGAAGAACCCUAAAGAAGAGUCUAAGUCAAAUCCUGAUACUAGUGAUGAAGAAAGCAGUGAACGAUGCCAAGAGAAAAUUGGGAAAAGCUCAGAUUCAGAUUCGGAAGAAGAAAGUGGAAGAGAAAAUAUUUUUGAAAGUCAGAUACAUAGACCUCAACUUGUGAAGGUUUGAAAAUCAAAUGAUAGUAAGUUUAUGAAGAAUAGAAAACUUCUUGAAGAAAGUAAAGAAGAUAUUAUUGAGAUAUAUGACAAUAGUCCAGCUUCUCCUGAUAAACAGCCUCAACUAUGUUAUACUCCUAGGAUGAGGGUUGAUAUCUCGGUGCUGUCUUUUGAUCUGGAACUCACGGAAGACAGACAGUUUGAUAAUCUUCAAUUUGUAGCUAGUGAUGAGGAGGAUGAUCAAUAGCUACCAAGCAAUAUAU